AUGCUUGACGAAAAUGGGAACGAGAGUCAGUGCGUUGUGACCGAUUUGGUGUCACACCCAGAUUACAAUGGCUUUGGUGUCAAUAAGACUGCAGUAGUUGAUCAGUCAUGCUGCAUAGCUUUCACCGAUGAUGACUACUUAUCCAUGCUGGCUUCUUCCUUGGGUGAAUUCACAGUUAUUCCGCUGACCAUUAUCACGAAUGACUUGAUGGGUCGACGUAUAUCACUCACCCUUAUCUCGACUCUCUCUGCCCUCUUAUUCGUGAUAUUGUACAUUUGCAUGCCGAAGGCGGCUGCCAUCGCCAUUCUGUUCGUCGCGCGAGCACUCUCCUCCGGCAUGUUUAGCAUUGUCUACCUCUACACAAGCGAAGUAUAUCCAACAACAAUUAGAUCCCUGGGUCAGGGUGUUUGCAGUUCGUUCGCUCGUCUAGGAGCGAUGUCGACACCGUACGUGGCCGAGGUCAUCAUGCCCGACGUGUCAGCUCUUCUUGGUCUUUCACUCUAUAGCGGUGUUUGUCUAAUUUGUGCAAGCAUAGCCCUUUUUCUACCCAUCGAAACAAAAGAUCGCGCUCUUCAGAGUUCUGUUGUGGAGACAGCUGAAGUCCACUUUCGUCGAUCUUCGGGUGAUGAAAGUGCGCCCAAUCCCACGCUCACCACAGCAUCCUAA